UUACAACCAACCCUCUCGCUUUCCGCCAUGGCCUCCAAUGCCUCCCCCGCAACCCCCUCCAAGCCGAAGGUGAAACAAAUCACCAACUCACGCCGUCUCCUAAUCCUCGCGCCGCCAACCCAAUCAGUCUCUAUAAUCCCACCUCUCCUACAUGCGCUCACAAACGUCCCAGUCCACGAUCUCCCACAACAAGAACAAACCCCUCCCGUCGAAGCAUCAUCAACUACCCCGCCUAAAGACAAAGACACUACCUCUCCCACACCACCAGACACCACAAACUCCUUCGCAGGCUACACAACCCACAGCCCACUCCUCCUAAACACAAAAUACUACUCAGCCGAGAUCCCAAUAUGGGUUGACGAGGUGCCUUUCCCCGGAAACGAGGAAUCAGCUCCGCAAACAUCUACCGACGCCAGUGGGCAACAGUGGCGCACGGAAUUCCUCAGCGAUGAAGCCGAGGUUGUCCGCGACGCCGUAGGCGCAUUGCUAGUCUGUGUUAAGAAUCCUAGCGAGACAGAUCCUCGUCCGGGUCCUGAUCCUGCUUCGCGCGAUGAUGUACGCGCGGUACUGGAUCUCAUGCGUGAUAUCGGGGCAGUAAAAGAGCGCAUUGAUGAAGAGCGUGGGGGUAUGGGUGGUGAAGUUUCUGGCAUAUUUGUUCUAGUCGGGGCACCGAAGAGUGAAAUGCCGGGAUCUACUUCUACUUCUUCCGGCGCUCGUGAUUCUGAUGAGAUGGGAUUGGGCCUUGACGAUGAAGAUUUGGGGAGUGAGGACGUGCCGUUUUCUGCUUCUUGGUGGGAAGAUAUGUUGUUUGAUUUGGGAUGUAUUGGGUGGGAAGUUGUUGAGUGGGAUCCGAAGGGACAGGGCGAGAAGACGAAGAAUAAGUUUGGAGAAUACGAGGGCAUGCCGCGUAUCAAGGAGGUGCUUGAGACCCACGACUGGACUGGACCUGGAGACUUGCGCGAUCCAGAUGCGGACCAGGAGCUGGACUUUGACUUCGAUGAUGAUCUCGAGGCCGGAUUGCUUGGGGGCAGCAAAUCACGUACUCGCGGUUUCGGGCAGGAAGUCCAAGAGUUGGAGCGCGAGAUGCUUGGUUUGCGCAUGGCGAUUGAGCAUGGUGGUGGUGAUGGUGAGGAAGGAGACUUUGGCGACUUUGAGGACGGGGAUGAUGAAAUCAAGGUUGAGUCUAUGGAGGGCCUGAUGAUGCGUGUGCAGGCUAUUAAAGAUAUGGGUGCUGAUUUACCGGAAAACGAGCGGAAAAAGUUUGCGGCGCAAGCUAUCAAUGCUCUCAUGCGGGAAAUGUGA